GUGAAACAUACCGUGGCUACGUCACUGUUAAGGCUCUUGAGGGCCAGCAACCGGUGAACGUGCGCAUAGGGUGUGUGGUUGAUCUAUUGACACACGAAGGUGAUGUGUUACAAGAGCAUGCACCACGUGCGUCGUUUCACACAUCUGAGAUAUCUGAGACAAGGCAAUGUCCGCCAAAGAUCGAUGUUCACACCAGCACCAUUUUGCUUGGCUGUGGGUUUGUUUGGGAGAUCGAUAGCGUAGGAUAG